GUUCCUGCUCCUCCAAGCACAGAUUCAGUUGCCAUACACACUGCCAUCAAGUUUUUGAUUGAGGCAGCCCGUGAUAAACCAGCGGAUAGUCGGAUCUGGGUCUCUUUGGCUCGGGAGCUGAUUGCUGCUUCACAAAAUCAGGGAAAGGCUUUCCGGAAGAAACAAGAAUUACUCAAAAAGUGUGAAGAAAACCGUGCAUACGCGAACUAUCGUACUUACUAG